CGAGCCCUCUCGUGCGCACGCACGCACGCCCACGUGGGAUAUCAAAGCUCUUACGUCAAGCCCGACAGGAAGACGACGGCAGACGCCACACUGGCGCCGUUACCGAGGAAUGUGGCUUGUGGACGCGCUUGUCUCCUCCUCCUCGUCCUCCUCCUCCUCCUCCUCCAAGCAUGCUGAAGCUGAUGGUAUUCAUGGCCGCCAUCACGCUAUAAAGUGGAGGGCAGUAUGAGCAGCCGGCUGCAGCGGCCGUCGGUGCUCGCCUUGGCGGCGGCGCUCCUGCUCUGCACAUCGCAGGAUAGGACUCACGGCAGCAGCUCCGGCGGGGAGGAUUCUGGGAUGCGGGGCACGUGGCGCCAUGGCAACAGCAGCACAAUGUCCAGUUUCUUCAACAGCAGCCCAAGCGACGAGUCCACUGUGAUGUCAGAACAGUCGCCGCCGCUGUGCGCCUACCAGGUGAUGGAGGGCGGCAUCGGCGGUCCCCUCUGUUUUCGACAUACGCUCCCGGGUUAUAAGUGUCAUAAGGCAGACUGCAGGUCAGCCGUGUCUUCAGGGAGCCUUGCGGCGAACAUCCUCCUCAACGGCAGCGUGCUGCUACAGUGGAGCCAAGACGGGUUGUCACGCGGUCAAACGCCAUCUAGUCUUUUCGCCGGGCGCCGCCACCGACGUGGAGGCUACGAGUUGAGCUGCUGGUGGAAUGGCAGCUACACCCAAUUUGAGUGCGCCGGGGUCCAUCUGGGCGCCGGGUGCAGGGACUUCCUGUUGAGCGAGCUGCACGAGAACAUCCCCUACCGCAUCUGCCUGAGGGCGCAGGCUCGGAGAGUCGAUCGCGGGGACUGCGUGGAGUUCGUACUGCCGCCGUCCGGGAUGCAGGAUAUCGUCAUCGCUAUGACAACGGUCGGGGGCGCCAUUUGCGUGAUGUUGGUCAUCAUCUGCUUGCUGGUGGCGUACAUCACCGAGAACAUCAUGAGCCCCUCCACGCAGCACCGAUACUCCUACCGCACGCACUCGCGACACUGAGGGUCACCUCAAACAUCUGCACCGCCGCCACCGGCCGUCCAUGCCGUACCACCAUUGUCCACUUAUAACCGCAUCAGCUACUGCAGGGGUGUCCAAAGUGCGGCCUUGGGUCAUUUUUGGCCUGGAGCUCCUUCUUAUUGUCCCUUGAUAUAUUUUCCAAAUAUAAUCUAUUAUUAAUUAGAUGUAUUUGUGGAUAUUACACUAAUAAGUCACCUAUAAAGCUAACAUAUUUUGUUCGGCUAGCUUCACUUUAAUUGACAAGCUUUUCUUCCUUGUCACUCACACGCACAGAAAGGUGUUGCAAGUUCACAAACAACACGUUAUGAUGCUAAUUUUAAGAUUAUUUUCAGCAGCUAUUAUUUUUCUUUUUGUAUAUUUUUUUUAUUAUGAGCCAUAUUGUACUGAGCAGCCAGGACAGAGGGCGUGGCUCAAUUUUUAUUCAUAUGAUUUUAUGAUUACAUGAUGUUGCAUUAUCAUGCUAAUAACUAUUUGUUUCAUCUAAGAUCAUUUUUCAGCAGCUAUUAUUUUUAUUUUUGUAUAUUUUUUUAUUAUGAGCCAUAUUGUACUGAGCAGCCAGGACAGAGGGCGUGGCUCAAUUUUUAUUAAUAUAAUUUUAUGAUUAUAUGAUGUUGGAUUAUCAUGCUAAUAACUAUUUGUUUUGUCUAAGAUCAUUUUUCAGCAGCUAUUAUUUUUAUUUUUGUAUUUUUUUUAUUAUGAGCCAUAUUGUACUGAGCAGCCAGGACAGCGGGCGUGGCUCAAUUUUUAUUAAUAUAAUUUUAUGAUUAUAUGAUGUUGGAUUAUCAUGCUAAUAAGUAUUUGUUUCAGCUAUAAGUUGAAGCUAAGAUAGCUUAGUACAUAUUGACCUACAUUUGAUUGACUUUUAGCUUCUUUAAAAGUACAAAACGUGUCAAAGUGCAUUCCUCACCCCUGCUCUAUGGUUUUUAUCACAUUUCUCCUCCUUUUGAGGAUGUCUUUCAAGGCAUUUGCCCCAAAGAAUCUAGCUAACACUAUCAUUUCCACUCCAUCUGUGUUGCAUUCAAGCGUCGUCCGUAAAGGAGUGUGUUCGUUUCUAUGCCGGCAGCAUUAUACAGCAAUAGAAUUAACAAAAUGCUUUGGAGUACAUCCCCAUUAGCUGAUGUUUGCUCAGUGUGCUAGCCCUCUAAGUGUCCACAUUAAUUGUACCCUCGAUGUAAAGACACUCCAGCCAAUCACAGACGUCCAUGUGACUAAUGUACCACUUUGUGAAGGGCAAUACAAUCUUUAAAUACUGUACCAAACACCGUGAACUACAAUACCUUUGUGUCCUUCUGUCAGACAAUAAAGUAUCCUCAGAUUA